GGUGGCGGCGGCGCGGGGCGCGGAGCGGAGCCGCGGGGUCCGGGGCGGGUAUGAGGAGCCCCCAGCGCCCCCCGGCCGGGGCCAGAGCGCCGCGGGGAGCCCGGCCGAGCCCUCCCGAGCCCUCCCGAGCUGCGGCCCUGAUCCCCCGGUUGAGCCCCGGUGGUACCCGGUAACCGGUCGCCGGUGCCCGGUGACCCUCCCGCUCGGCGGUCGCCUGUCCCCGCCGCCACCGGGAGCAGCGGGCCGGGGAGCUGGGCUAUGCGGUGGUGGCUACGCGCGGCCUUCCUCAGCCUGCUCGCCGGCACCGAGGCCAAGGGCAGCGGGCCGAGCGGGGCCGUGGUGGGCCGCGUCGGGGACAGCGCGGUGCUGGGCUGCGACCUGCUGGGUGCCCGCCAGAGCCGCCCGCCGCUCUACGUCAUCGAGUGGGUGCGCGUCGGCUUCGUCCUCCCCAUCUUCAUCAAGUUCGGCCUCUACUCGCCCCGCGUCGACCCCGAGUACCUCGGUCGCGUGCGGAUCGAGGAAGGCGCCUCGCUGCGCAUCGACCUGCUGCGCGCCGAGGACCAAGGCUGGUACGAGUGCCGCGUGCUCUUCCUCGACCGGCCCAGCGCCGACGCCGACUUCCAGAACGGCACCUGGAUCCACCUCACCGUCAACGCACCCCCCACCUUCCUGGAGACCCCCCCGGCCUUCGUGGAGGUGCGGGACCGGGAGGCGCUGAGCCUCACCUGCACGGCCAUCGGCAACCCCCAGCCCGUCAUCAUCUGGAAGCGGAGCGACCUGGCCGUGCAGAGCGGGGACGCGGUGCAGGUGAGGAACGGGACGCUGAGCAUCGCCGUGGUGGAGCGAGCCAGCGCGGGCACCUACACCUGCCACGCUUCCAGCAAGGAGGGCACCAUCACCCACACCACCCGCGUCCUCGUGCAAGGGCCGCCUGUCAUCGUGGUGCCGCCGCAGAACGUCACCGUUAACAUCUCUCAAGAUGCCUUUCUGGCGUGCCAGGCCGAGGCGUACCCGGGGAACCUCACCUACACCUGGUUCCAGGGCAGCAGCAACGUCUUCCACCUCAGCCACCUCCAGGCACGGGUCCGCAUCCUGGUGGACGGGAGCCUCCUGCUGCAGCGAGCCACCCCGGACGACACCGGCAAAUACACCUGCGUCGCCAGCAACGGGCUCUGGAAGCCGCCUUCGGCCUCGGCCUUCGUCACGGUGCUGUAUCCGGCGCAGGUGACCACCAUGCUCCCGGAGACCCACCUGCCCAAGGGGAUGCGGGGCGUGAUCCGGUGCCCCACCAGAGCCAACCCCCCGCUGCUCUCGGUCAGCUGGACGCGGGACGGGCACCCGCUGGAGCUGGGCAAGCUCCCCGGCUGGUCGGCGCGACCCGACGGCUCCAUCGUCAUCGCCACGGGGAACGACGACGCGCUGGGGGUGUACACGUGCACCCCCUACAACAGCUACGGCACCGCCGGCGCCUCCCGGCCCACCCGGGUCCUGCUCAAGGACCCCCCCGCCUUCACCGUGCGCCCCAAGGAGGAAUACUUCCAGGAGGUGGGCCGGGAGCUGGUCAUCCCCUGCUCGGCUCACGGGGACCCCCCACCCACCAUCACCUGGGGGAAGGUGGGCAGCGCAGGGCAGAGCGGAGCCCAGGUGGACGGGAACGGCAGCCUCGUCUUCCGCCCCCUCGUCAAGGAGCAGCACGGGCGCUGGGAGUGCACGGCCACCAACCCGGUGGCCAGCGUCAGCACCGCCACCUCCGUCCACGUGCUGGGGACCAGUCCCCACGCCGUCACCAACGUCUCCGUGCUCCCGCUCCUGCUGGCGGCCAACAUCUCCUGGGAGCCGGGCUUUGACGGGGGCUACUUCCAGAGGUUCAGCGUCUGGUACACGCCGCUGGCGAAGCACCCGCCCCGCGCCCACCACGACUGGGUGUCGCUCUCGGUGCCGGCGGGGGCUCAGCACCUCUUGGUGGAGAACCUGCAGCCGGACACGAGCUACCAGUUCAGCAUCCUGGCCCAGAACAAGCUGGGCAGCGGCCCCUUCAGCCAGAUCGUCACCUCCGUGCCCAGGGGCUUCCCAGUGACCACAGUGCCUCCGGAGCCGCCGGCCAUGACCCUGCACGUCUUCCUGUCCCCGCCGCAGGCCCUGACCGCCAACGAGACGUCGCGCGGGGUCCUGCUGCGCUGGGAGCCCCCUGCCCAGCUCUCGGUGGCGCUGAGCGGCUACGCCCUGGAGCUGCGGCAGGACAAGGGAGCCUGGGAGGUGCUGGAGCGCUCCAUCCCCGGCACGGAGAGCCAGGUGCUGGUGCCAGGGCUCAUCAAGGACGCCUUCUAUGAGUUCCGACUGGUGGCCUUCGCUGGCAGCUACAUCAGCGACCCCAGCAACACGGUGAACGUCUCCACGGCAGGCAUGGAGGUGUACCCGUCCCGCACCCAGCUCCCCGAGCUGCUGCCGCAGCCGGUGCUGGCCGGGGUCAUCGGCGGGAUCUGCUUCCUCAGCGUGGCCGUCAUCUUCAGUACCGUGGCCGCCUGCAUCAUGAACCGCCGGCGCGCCGCGCGCAUCCAGAAGCGAAGGCAAGAUCCACCGCUCGUCUUCUCCCCCAGCCAGAAGCUCCCUGCUCCGCACCCUUCUCACGGCGCUGGUAGCCCGGCCGGCGCGGCCAAGCUGAAGCUGCAGCCGUCCCCCUGCCCCAGCCUGCGCCGGGCGCUGCUGUGGGGCGAAAAAGCCGGCACCAGCCUGGGGCUCAGCAUCGCGGGGGCCGGAUCCGGCUACGCCGUCUACGAGAGCCACGUCGGGGAGCACGUGCCCCUGGAGCGCAUCCGCCGCGGCCCCGACGGCCGCUUCGUGGUGGAGACCGCCGAGACAGAGAGCGGCUUCACCCCCUCGCCCCAGGACCCCCCAACACCCAGGGGACCCCAACCGGAGGAGGAGAAGGAGCCCGUUUGGCACCAGGGGGUGGCAUUACGGCCCCGGCCCCCCGGGGACCCCCCAGCACCAUCCGGCCGCCGCCGGGGCCGCUAUUUCGGCUACGGCAGCAGCAGCCCGGUGGCCGAAGCGGCCGCCCUGUGCAUCGUCGACGUCAGCCCCGUGGCCUCCGCCGCCACUCUGCCUUACAGCCCCGGCCCCCCCAGCACCCGCUGGGACUCGCUGCCCCUCCAGGGCCCCCCCCCCGGCACCGCCGCCAGCCCCCAGCAUGCCGCGGCCCCCCCGGCCCAGAGCGGCAUCCUGCAGUACCUGAGCCUGCCCUUCUUUAAGGAGAUGUGCGUGGACGGCGACUGGCCCCCCCCCGAGGACCCGCCGCAGCCCCCCGCUGCCCCCCAGCACCCCGAGGGGGGGCUGGACUGCACGGACCCAUGUGCCAAGGCCGCGGCCCCCCCUGCCGCCACCCUCCUCCAGCCCCCCAAGCUGCCGUUGGGCCCUGCCAAGGCCUCGCUGCCUGGCCCCCCAACCUGGCCGACCCCCCCAGAGCCGAACCACCGUGGCCCCCCCGGCUGCAGGACUGAAGCUGGGGACGUGCCCCCCCCGGAGAAGUUGCCGCGGGGCAGCUUGACCAGCCAGAGCAGUGGCCGGGGCAGCGCUUCCUUCCUGCGCCCCCCCUCCUUGGCACCAUCCCUGGGGGGGCCCGGUCCCGGUACCCCCCCAGGGGACGGGGGCAGCUGGCAGGAGGGCAAGGUGAGCACGGAGCCGGCCCCGAGCGGCGCGGGAAAGAGGAGGGACACCUCGGUGGAUGAGAGCUACGAGUGGGACGCCGAGGUGGCGCUGGCCUCCGACCUCCUGGCCGCCCUGCAGCUGUACCGCGCCGCAGCCCCCACCUCCACCUAUGACCCCCAGUGGACCCCUGCCAGUGACCCUUGGCAGACCCCUGGCGCCACGGCAGAUGUUGGGCUGUAUCCCCCAGUGGACCUUGGUGGUGAUCCGUGGCCGGCCCCCUGGUGCUGUGGUGGAUUUCUGCCAGUGACCCUGGCUGGCUACCAGAUGCUGUGGCUGACCACACCCGUCAACCCCUGGCGGAUCCCCGGCGGACCCCCGGUGACUGCAAUGAGAGACCCCCAGUGGACCACACCCAGUAACACUGGGAAGGCUGCCACUGGUGACCCAGGAACCUCAACAGUUCCCCACCAGCAAUUCCCUGGGCGCUGCGGCGGACCACACCAAGCGACCCCAGCUGAGACCCAGGCAGAACGCUGCCAGUUAACCCCGGAGAGCCCCCAAGAGACACGGUGGAACCCCGCCCACUAUUCCCCAGGCGCUGUGGCAGAUCCCCACCCAGUGACCCCUGGCAGGCCCCAGCGCACCGCUGCUGGUGACACCCGGCAGGCCAUUGUGGACACCGCCUUGUGGAACCCACCUAGCGACUCCCGGCAGACUCCCCGACUAGGCCCCCUUGCGUCGCCGUGGACCCUGCCUGGCAAGCCUGUUGUGGACACUUGCUGGGUACCUCUGGCGGGCUCCCGGAUGCUGUAG